GUGUUUCAGGUCAUUUGUCAAUUCAUGUGUCAUGUCAUGUCAUUUUUUUUUUGUCAGGUUAAAAUGGAUACUUUCCUCGGACAAGUUCUGGAGGGCUUCAAUGGGACUAUUCAGGCUUCCAAUCGAACAGACCCUCUAGAUAAGUUCUCUGGCACUCAGCUUCUUCUGCGCUUCAAGCCUCUUUUUCUGCCCCUGUACUCAGUAGUUGUUGUGGUAGCUGGUGUAGGAAAUUGUUUCCUGCUUGCCUGCAUUCUGGCUGACAAGAAGCUUCACAAUGCCACCAAUUUCUUCAUUGGCAACUUGGCUGCUGGAGACUUGCUGAUGUGUUUGAGCUGUGUGCCUCUCACUGCCUCCUACGCCUUUGACUCACGUGGCUGGGCUUUUGGCCAGCCACUCUGUCACCUUAUACCGCUCCUGCAAGGUGCCACCGUCUUUGCCUCUGUGCUGUCCCUUACUGCCAUCGCCAUUGACCGCUAUGUGGUAGUGGCAUAUCCUGUCAGAAGGCGCAUUUCAGUAUGGGGAUGUGGGGCUGUGGCUCUGGGGGUCUGGGCAGUCUCACUGGUUUUAGCUGCUCCACCUUCACUGCACAUGCGCUAUGUGGACCUGCGGCCCAGUGGCAUGGAGCUAGUGGUGUGUGAGGAGUUCUGGCUAGGUGCAGAGAGGCAGCGUCUGCUGUAUUCUUGCUUCUUCCUGCUGGCCUCCUACAUGAUUCCACUUUUGUCUGUCAGCAUCUCCUAUUGUGCUAUCAGUGUGCACCUCCACAGACAUACACUUCCAGGAGAGCCUAUUCACAGACAACAGCACUGGAGCAGGCAGCGCCGGAAGACCUUUUUCCUUCUGGUGGCCUCUGUGCUUGCCUUUGCCCUGUGCUGGCUUCCACUCCAGAUCCUCAACCUGCUGCUAGACCUGGAUGCUGACUUCCGCAUUGUGGACAAGCACUAUGUCAAUGUGCUGCAAGUCAGCUGCCACCUGGUGGCCAUGAGCUCAACCUGUUACAACCCUUUUAUCUAUGCCUCACUGCACAGCAAGGUGCGCGUUCACUUGCGGGGUUACUUGUGCCCUUGCAAGCCCAGUAGGGGUCAGCUGCUGUCACACUGUGUCUCUCGCAACCCAGCCACCUGUCUUACUCUCAUCUCAGAGAACCAUGCAGCCCAGAGUCCUAAUCCUGACAGCUCUCUAUAA